AUGAACAUUGUUUUCAUCGGAGAAGGAAUGGACAAAACAAUAAUAUCAGGAAAUAAGAGUUAUGGAGGUGGAAUAGGGACGUACAACAUUGCUACUGUGGGGGUGGAUGAAAAAGGCUUCAUGGCACAAGAUAUUGCUUUUCGGAACACGGCUGGAGCUGCUAACUUUCAAGCGGUAGCUUUAAGGGCAUCUGCCGAGUUCACCGCCUUCUAUAGGUGUCAAUUUGAUGGUUUUCAAGACACCAUAUAUACACACUAUGACAAGCAGUUCUACAGAGAAUGUAUAAUUUUGGGCACCAUCGACUUCAUUUGUGGUGAUGAAACUGCAAUAUUUUAA